AUGUACGUGCAGGGCGCCCAGGGGAUCCAGCCAGCAGUGUUCACCAGCUUGCCUAGGAUGGGGACUGCCACUCCCAUACGGUCCAUAUGUCAGUACUGCGGGAACUACAUCAUCACAGUGACCACCCCGGUCCCAGGGGUCCUCACCUGGAUGCUGUGUACCGGCCUCUUCAUCUUUGGGUGCUUCCUGGGCUGCUGCUUCCUCCCCUUCUGCGUGGACAGCUUGAUGGACGUGAAGCACACGUGUCCCGUGUGCCGACAGGAGCUCUUCCGCUACCAUCGCCUGUGAACACGCACAAAAUAAACGUCCACUGCGUGCC